AUGCACCAUUGUGUCACAGUGAACGGCAGCUCGUUGCUGUUUUGCGAAGUGAUUCCGAGGUCUACAUAUGGCUGGUGCCCUGGUGAGCGCUACUGCAGUGACAGUCAGGGUUUCACGGCACAGAGGGACUUGGUUGACGCUCGCCCGAGAUCGUACAACGGGCGACGGACACCGAGCCGGUAUCGCGCUCUUCUACGCAUGCGAAAAGCAAAGCGUCGGCCCGUUGAGUCCUCUAAUCGAGCAACGGAUUCACCUGAUACGUUGUUCUCAAAAAUAGACGCACAGAAAACGGCCGUGAAGCGAUCAUCAUCCUCAGCAGCUACCAUCGUGUGGCUCCGAGGACGCGGGGACCUGCGAAUACACGAUAAUCCGUUAUUGCUGCAAGCGCAGAGGCUCAAUGAACCUCUUUUCAUAAUGUUUACAUGGUCAUCGGCGGAUGCGGACAAAAACUACGGCUUUGGUGAAGCACAACGCGUUUUCCUCUUCAGCGCCGUGGAUGCACUCAAUCGAGCCUUAAACAUGCGCUUUCAGCAGGUGAUUCACUACGUGCGUCUCAGCGAUGACGCAGGCCUCGAAGAGUACCUGCAAUUGUUUCAUUUCCUUGAAGCCUCUUUGUCAGCACGAACGCUGCUGAUGGCUCGACGCUAUGAGCCUCCUCUACUCCAGCUCGACAUGGAGCUGGAAUGCACGCUCACAAAACAGCGUAAAUGGAAGGUGUAUACGCACAACAUGCACCUCCUACAUGAGCCCUGGACAGUAGCGUACGAUGGCGAUGCAACCUCGAGUGCUGGACACUUUGGAACACUGCUUCCCUUCUGGCAGGCCUGGCAACGAAACGCCGACCUACCGCCCGAGCCUGCAGCAGCGCCGUCUACGCUACCGCCGGCUGCGGCGCUGGAGCGCUGCGAGCCACGGACACCAGCAUGCUGUGAGAAGCCGCCUCCGCUUGCUGGAGAUGCGUUUGUCGAUAGGACAACACGCUGCGCGCCCUUCCAGUUUGUCACAUCGUUGGUGGAAACGGGGUUGCACCCGGUGCGUCCGGGUACAAAACGCUGGGAUACGGUGCUGCUCGGUUCGUGGGCGGUCGACGAGGAACGCGUUCGCGCGUUUUUGCGGGAUUUUCUGGAACACCGACUACCCCUGUACGAGAAGAACAAAUCUAGAGCAGACCUCGAGGUCGUAUCGCGUCUGUCACCGUAUCUGGCACUGGGUAUGCUCAGCGCACGGGAGGUGUUCCACGCUACGAGAGCGGCCUCUAGACGACUGGCGGCAUCAAAGCGAUCCAAGACAUUUGAGCGUCGACUUAUCUGGCGAGACCUGGCGUACUGGACGCUCUAUAUGUUUCCAGAGGCGGUCACGACGCCCAUUCGGAGCCAUUAUGCCUCGCAGGAAUGGAACGAGGAUCCGCGUCUGCUCGCGGCCUGGCAGCGGGGAUCCACGGGAUACCCCAUCAUUGAUGCCGGAAUGCGACAACUUUGGCAAACGGGUUGGAUGCCCCAGAAUAUCCGCAUGGCUGCGGCAUCGUUUCUGGUCGAGUACCUCAAUAUACACUGGAUACACGGCCUGCAAUGGUUCCAUCGUACGCUCAUCGAUUUGGACAUUGCCAUCAACGCGAUGAUGUGGCAGAAUGCGGGACGCACCGGCCUGGACAUGUGGAAUUUCGUUAUUCAUCCAGAGACCAGCGCCCGGUCGAGCGACCCAACUGGUGCGUACGUUCGCAAGUGGCUACCCGAACUAGCUCAACUGCCGAACGCUUAUAUUCAUGCACCGUGGAAAGCGCCUGAGUCGGUCUUGUCCAGUGCAGGCGUUCAGCUUGGUGCGACCUACCCCCAGCGCAUCAUCGCUGACCUUGGAGCAGCUCGGAAACAAUCGCAAGCGGCAGUUCUCGAGAUGCGAUCUCGAUCCAUGCCCCAGUUUUUCAACGCUGACGGUUACGAUCGAAUACGGGUACCCGUCCUGAAAGCCGUCUCAUUGCCGCAUGAAAGAUUCCAGCAGACAGCGACAGCGGAUAACACGGUUUGGCGGCAUGUGUUUACUCGACGCGAGUUUCGCGAGGCCCCCUUUGCGACGCACCUGCCACAUGAAACAGAAGCGUGUGAUCGGCAGGAGGCGCAGUUGCUCCCGAAGGACUCCACGCGGGCCAUGCAAGGCAAAAGUGACGCUCAAGCUGCUGCCUGA